AGCCGGGAGAGUCCCGCAAAAGUGCGUGCGCGUAGUCAGACGGAGUUGGACGCGCCACUCACAGACCGGGACCACACGCCCGCGCCAGUGCCCUCCGACGUCUCCAUCGGCAACAGAAACCCGUCGAGCCGACCGAGCGACCUCAUGAUGGCAGGCAGCAAGAUAACGUUCCUGGUGUUCUUAUUCGCGGUGGUUGUGCUGCCGGCGAUCGUCCACUGCAGGUCCAUCUUCAGUCGUGACCGGCGCAGCGGCAUCUCUGACCAGCGGCUGGCCGAACUCGAGACCCUGGCUGGGCUCAAGUCCCUGCGGCACCGGCUCAAGGGCAUCAAGUUCCCAGUUGCCUACGGACUCGUCGAUCCCAACCAAAUUGGCAAGAGGAAGCGUUCCUUCGACUCCCUGGAAGAGUCCCAGCAGGCGCAGCAGCCGUCCCAGCGCGGUGGCCAAUCGGGUGCCACCGACACUUCUUCCUCGUCGUCCCUCUACCAAAACCUUGUAGACGACGCGGCGCUCGAGGACUACCUGACCGGACUGCCCACGCCCGACGUGACGGCGCCAAGGAUCCGGUCGCCAGGCCAGCUCAUCAGGAUAUAGAACGGCUUCCUUCUUUUCUCGAUCUCGCCCAUCCUUUAAGACACCCACCUCGACGCAUUUGUUCAGUACUCGCUGUAAGACGAAAAUGCCCCCGAUUCGUCCAUAGCCCUCGUACGCUAUUCGUUCAGGUGGUGGUGCUGGCGUUUACGCAUCACAGUGGCUAUUAAGUGAAGUGCAGAAUCUAUGUAAAAAAAAAAAGCAACGUUCACUGCUGAAAAGCCAGAAAAAAAAAGAACACUGAGUUGUUUUCCUUAUGUGGAAAAAAAAUAAGACGAGGAAAAUCAACGAUACAGCCUUACUCCGCAAGCAUAUGUUGUAGUUGUCGAAAUAACGAAUAAAAAAUAAAAUAAUAAUAAAAAAAGACGAGUGCAGUUCUAGCGAGAGCCGGAGGUGACGAUGACCAAUGAAAAUAACAUGGGUGAAAGGUUAGCAAACAAUGAAACCUGGAUAUCGCAAGCAAUGAGGGACUGCCGCGCUCAACACUUUUCCUCAGACGAAACAGUCCACCACGCUUCUUACAGUGCUUUCUGUGCACGAUGCACUCGCAGCGUCCCAUGUUUCCCUCUUUCUCUAUUUUUACCACUGCUGUGCUGAGGCUUCUCCUUUCUUUGGUUCCUUAACAAUAUGUUGCUUUAAAAGACAUGUGUGACGCUUUAUUGUGAGCGCCUUGGCAAUUGCCGACGAUGUGCCCAACACCGACUGUUUGGAGUGAUGAUAAAUUGUUAUGGCGCCAAUGCAUCGACAACCAACGCCAUGAGAAGUGUACUACAGGUGCGUAAAGAAAAAGGCACAAAAUAUAUUUCUUAGUUUACGAGUACGAAACUGGUAGAAGUGCUUUCAGAUGAAGUUGAAACGCUUGUGCACACUGAUUCCACGUAGAAAUUGGGCUGUUUUACGAUUCUUGUGAACGGAGAAUGGGUUGAAUGAAACGCAAUUUCACACGACUAUUCGUUCGUGGUUUUUACGGCGUAGAUACCAUGUUGUCUCGUGGCUUUUGGAGAAAGAGGUUUAAAGACGUCUUGGGGCAUGUUGAGGUUGCCAGAAGAUAUCACACGCAUUUCCUUAUAUUCCACCUAUGGCAUGGCAAACGCUCCAGUCUUGGUUGGCUACAAAGGCAGAGUCAGCUGUCAUUGGCUUGUAAGAGAAUAUAGAUAUUACGUUCACGAGCACAUUAGUCUUGGUAAAUUGAACAGGCUGGAGUGGCUAACCACAAUAAUAUAUCGCUGAUGCUUUGAAUAAAUGAGUAAAUGCUGGAGGUUUUCCCGUGAGGAACAGCGGAGGUGUUUCUCAUACAGCAGCAGGGUAAAUAAUUAGUGAAUAGACGCGUAAUUAAGCUUUCUAACGUCACGUACCGAAUAAAGCAAUAAGCUAAAGCACUUGCCGCCGAGCGCAAAUCAAAACUUUUGCAAAUGCCACCCGUUAACAUGUGUGAAACGGUGCGCAAUGUAAAAACAAAAAUAGUUAAUCCUCCUUCUCUAUUUUACCCGACACGUUUUCUACAUCUUAAUUCGCCGGAGUUAGAAUUCUAAAGCGUUCAGUGUUGUCGGCUUCUAAACAUUUCACCAGAGCUUCCCACAGAGCGUUCCAAUCUGAAAUUGUGCGGAUGUGUGUCUCCGUAUUAUAGAACGUUCUCUUUACAUUACGAAAAAUAUUUAUAAUAACCCCGCAUACAUGUUGUAGCCGAAACGUGAACGUCCUUAAUACAGCUAUAGGACGCUCGUUUUCAGGGGAUCAUAACCGCUCCUGAAGGUAUAAGGUGCGCAGAUCGGCCAAUCCUGGCUGCAAGGGGGUACACUCAAGAGAAUCGGCUAGAACGUUGUCCAACCUCAUUUAUUAAUACUCCGUCAUGAUGUUUCUUGAAAAUAAAUUUGCUUUGUGCACUUGGCAAGCGCUUUGGCAAGGGCCGGACAAGGCUGAGCACAUACUUGCAGAAGAUGGGAAAUCAUCGGUGCUCGUUCAUUGAGAAAAACAUCUGACACGAGGCCUGCGAAUGCGGACUUAAUGCUAAUAAGAGGCAUCCUAAAUAAUGCGUGCAGGAAUUACAACGAACGCAGCUAGCGCGGGCACAUCGUCGGCACGGGGCAAAACUGCAGAUUGCAUCGCUGCGUCUUCUUGCUUUCUUUACGAUUGCUUCCAGUUAGCCCUCAACCGUGGGCUCGUGCUUUCUUAUCAGGGCGGCUACGCGCGAUGAACAAAAAAAAAAAAAGAAGCAAACAAAUGGGGCACGCUUCUUAACGCUUACAAACCCGCAGUGCGAUGUUUGUCAGACUGUCGUCGGCUAUGAUUGAAUAAUUUAUGCCGAUGCGUUACACGUCAACGUUUCUGUCUCAGACGACUGUGCACCUAUACGUGCGAUGAGUGGCUUGAACAUAUGCUUUCCAUUAAACCUCCCCGCCGCGAAUCCUCAGUCGACUGUCAUUGGGUCUUUUGUGAGAGAUGCUUAUGAUGAUGUCAUUGUGUUAUGCUCUACAUUGUGAUGUCUUGAGAUUAUAUUUAUUGAAGAUGUGUUGCGCAGAUUGCGUGGAUGUUGUGGAGCUGUUCAUUUUGGAAUUACCCGGGAAUACCCUUUUAGCAGCUACGAGUUUCAAUUGGUCACGUCAGCGCGCGACGUCGGAGAUGACGGUACGAUAUUCGUUGUCGCUAGAAAAUUCAUUUCACUUCACCCAGCUAAGUGUUCUGUCCGAUGUACUUAUUCGCUUGGCUCCCAUUAUGCUAUUUAUGAAAUAAAAAGAAUGAUUUCAUUGUAUUAUAUACAUUGCUUUACCCUUUCAGUACUGUUGUUUCUGUAGAGUGCCGCUCUCCUUUUCUGUCCUGCGCUGCAUUUUGUAAAUAUAGGCGCCUUUAGAGAGUUCUACUCAGUGUUUGUGCCGGUUAGGAUCAGUGUUGCCAGAAUAAAAUGUACUGUUCGUCUGUUGAA